AUGUCUUUUUUCAAUGGUUUCACAUGUAAAUACUCAACACCCUCCAAAAACAAUACCAAUUAAAGAAUUGUGUAGCGUAUAGUGGCCCCUUUGUUUUACAAUCUUAUAUAAUUUCCAACACUAUAAAUAUGAUCAUGACCUUGCACCCUAUUUUUACUCUCUUCCUUGCCCGAAUAGCUCAUGAUCAGCAUUUUCUUUAUCGUUAAGUUUUUUCUCCUCCUCACUAGUCUUUGAAUUUCUUCUGUCCGGGUAUUAGGAAGAAAAAAAAAGGCUUUAGAGUUUAGUGGUGAAGGUAGAGGAUCUUGAGAUUAAUAGAUAAAGGGUGAUAUUUAUGGCUGAUGCAUUUGAUGAAGAGUGUGAUUAUCUCUUCAAGGCUGUUUUGAUCGGAGACUCUGGAGUUGGGAAAUCAAAUAUGCUCUCAAGGUUUGCAAAAGAUGAAUUCCGCUUGGAUUCCAAACCCACCAUAGGAGUUGAAUUCGCUUACCGGAACAUCAGGGUUGGAGACAAACUCAUCAAAGCUCAAAUAUGGGACACUGCCGGCCAAGAAAGGUUUAGAGCAAUCACGAGUUCAUACUACAGAGGAGCCUUAGGGGCAAUGCUAGUGUAUGACAUAAGCAUGAGAUCAAGUUAUGAGAAUGUGAGCAAAUGGCUACUGGAGCUAAGGGAGUUUGGAGGUGAAGACAUGGUGGUUGUUCUGGUGGGAAACAAAUGUGAUCUUGAUGAAUCAAGAGAAGUUGAGAAAGAAGAAGGAAAAGGGUUUGCGGAAACAGAAGGGUUAUGCUUCAUGGAAACCUCUGCUUUGAAGAAUCUGAAUGUUGAGGAAGUGUUCUUACAAAUGAUCACAAGGAUUUAUGACAUGACAAGCCAGAAAAAUUUGGCAGCCAAAAUGGAGGAGCAACCGAUUAAUCUUUUGAAUGGGAAAGAGAUCCAUAUAGCUGAUGAAGUGACUGCAACUAAACAAACUAGUACUUGCUGUUCAAGAUGAGGGAUUUCCAGGGGAAAGUUUUUUUUAUUUUUGCCAGUAAAAUUCAUUCUUCCUAUUUUCUCCACUUCCCCUUUACAAUUUUUUCUUCUUAUUUCUUCAUUACAUGGUGAAGAUGGAGUUAAUUUUUAAAUUAUACACAAGUGGUGACUUCUUGGUAGAAUGUAAAUGUUGAUUUUAUAUCAUAAUGGAUUUUUUUAAUGCUUUGCUGGUA